CAAAAUGCAAUCAUUAUUAGGAUUUCUUGUCAAAUUUCCCGAUUGUAUGUACUAUUUGUUACGAGUUAAAUAAAUUUAUAAAAAGAAUAUUUAUAGUAUUCUUGUCCUCAAAUCUAGCUAGCUUAGCACACUCCAAUGGUGACUGUGAAAGAAACCCACGUAGUGAAACCCGCCGAGGAAACGCCGUCGAAGAUAAUGUACGUUUCCGACAUCGAUCAAAUCCACCCAAUAACUCACGCCCCAACCAUCUACGUUUACCGCUCGCCUUCGUUCUCGUCUUUUCCAAUAAUGAUGGAAACCCUAAAACAUUCUCUAAGCAAGGCACUCGUUAUCUUCUACCCUUUCGCCGGCCGCCUUCAAUGGACCCAUCGGAAUCGCCUCCAAAUCAAUUGCAACUCCCUCGGUGCCCACAUUCUCGAGGCUGAAACUGAUGCCAGAAUAGAUGACUUCGCUCCUGAUUACUACCGCCCCACCUCCGCCGUCCGGGAUCUUAUCCCAUCCGUCGAUUACAACCGUCCAAUCGAGGAUCUACCGCUGGUUUUGGUACAGUUGACAAAAUUCAGCUGUGGCGGCGUGACCCUUGGCCUCGGGCUUUCCCAUAUUCUAGCUGACGGGCAGUCGGCUCUCCAUUUCAUCUCGGAAUGGGUUCGGAUUGCCCGAGGUGAGGGACCCGAAUACCCGCCGUUUCUGGACCGGACAGUGUUGGUGCAGGAUCAGGAAGAACUUCUGCCAGCUGAUUUCGAUGCUUCGGAUUAUAAGCAGCCGCCGUUAAUGAUUGGGAGUUUGAAUAAUAUAGAGGAGAGGUUGAAGGAGAGUGAUGUGUUGAUGCUGAGGCUGAGCAAAGAGCAAAUAGAGAAGCUAAGGAGUAAAGCUAAUGAGGAAAACAAACGCCCUGGAGAUCUCGACCGGGGCUUCACCAGGUUCCAAGUAGUGGCGGGUCACAUGUGGAGAACCGCAUGCAAGGCGCGAAAGCACAUGGAGACUCAAGAAACGGCUUUGAAAGUGGUGGUGAAUUUUCGAAACCGCGUAAAACCUCCGUUGCCAAAGUUUUUCUUUGGGAACGCAGUGUUGCCUGUCGUCGUCUCCUCAACUUCCGGUGAGCUUGUUUCGAUGCCGCUGUCCUAUGCCGCAGGCAAGAUAAGGGCGGCUACGGAGAAGGUAAUGGAUGGGUACGUGAAAGGGGCGGCGGUUUUCCUUAAGAAGCAAGAGGAUUUGUCGCAAUGGAGGUAUUUACAUGUGGUUGGGACCACCGAAGGAUCUUUCUAUGGGAAUCCAAACAUGAGCACUACGAGUUGGAUGACCCUUCCAAAUUUGAAAGGAGGGACAGAUUUUGGGUGGGGAGAAGAAGACCACUUUGGCCCGGGUGCGGUUGGGUUUGAUGGGAAGUCGUUCAUUCUCUCCGAUAACUCUCGCCCUGGUUCGGUUGUUGUGGCACUACGGUUGCAAGUGGCUCAUAUGGAGGACUUCAGGACUUUCUUUUAUGAAGAUAUUUUAAAUUAAUUUGGAACCUACUUUUGUGUUUUUCAAGUGUGGCUGAUUGUUGUUGAGAUUUUUAAGUGUUGCUUCUUGUGUUAUUUUCUCAAAACUUAUUUUCUUUUUAGAAAUCUAAUUAUGUCAUUUUGUGUGUGUUUAUUGUUGUA